GCCUGAGCUGCUCCCCUGGUCUCGGCCGUGUGGUGUAUCCCGAGCAGCAGCUCCCCGGUUCUGCUCAGUCCCCGCGCCAGCGCUCCCGCAGCCGCACGGCGCCCGCACCCUGGCGGGGCAGGCUGGGAUCUGUAGUCGGGGCUUGUCCGGGCAAUCUCUCGCUCUCCUGGCCGUCACCAUUCUUCCCAACCCUGAGAGCUGGCAGCACUGCCCCGUCCAGCCCGGCCCUUAGAGCGCCAUCCUCGCCUCCCUCGGUUCCCAGCCCCGCUUUCCCCUUCCCGCCCCUCCAGCUCCCUCAGCCCGUCCGCUCCAGCGGAUCAGGGACCGGCACGACGCACGGCCGGGCGGGAAGAUGAUUUUUAACUCGCUCCUGGGGAAACGGGGCCAGAGGCGAGAAGGACGGGGAAGACAAAACCUAAGGGAAAAGCGGUGCCCGGGCCCAAAAUCGCUUCCCGUCCGUGACCUCUGGUCAUGCGUCACUUCCCGGCGGUCGUUCGAGCGCGGAGCCCGCGGCCGUGAGGGGGUGCCCGGGGUGGGACGCACUCGGGGUCGGUCGCCAGGCGGGGACCAGCUGCCAGGUGACUGCUGUUUGUCACCAGCCCGUGUUUGUGACAGGUUUCACUUCUUGCGGUUGCUGCUGCUGGGUCGUCGCAUGGUGAGCUCAGAACAAGAAAGACAAGGAGCUACUGGAGAGGGUCCAGCGGAGGCCACAAAGGUGAUGAGGGAUCUGGAGCAUCUCUCUUGUGAGGAGGGACUGCGAGGGCUGGGCCUGUUUAGUCUGGAGAAGAGAAGACUGAGAGGGGAUCUCAUUAAUGCACAUUAAUAUCUCAAAGCAUGGCCAGUGCUCUCCAGGAAACACCUUCACUCAAAGCCUCUCAGUUAGAGGAUGUUGAUGCUAAGCUGUCCUUCCUACCUGAAAGACUGAGAAAGAAGCUGCUUCCUUUUCAGGAAAAGGGCAUCAUAUUUGCACUUCAGAGAAGUGGCAGGUGUAUGAUUGCUGAUGAGAUGGGGCUAGGAAAAACAAUUCAAGCAAUUGCCAUUUCAUAUUACUAUAAAAAUGAAUGGCCUCUCCUAAUUGUAGUGCCUUCCUCUCUGAGAUACCCUUGGGUGGAUGAGAUGGAGAAGUGGAUUCCAGAGCUCUCUCCAGAUGACAUUAGCAUCAUUCAGAACAAAACUGAUAUUGGGGGAAUAUCAACGAGCAAAGUAACAAUUCUGGGGUAUGGGCUGUUAACAUCUGAUGCACAGACCUUGGUAGACACUUUGUACAGGCAGAAGUUUAAGGUGGUUGUGAUUGAUGAGUCACACUAUAUGAAAUCCAGAAAUGCCACCCGUAGCAAGAUUUUACUGCCAAUUGUUCAGAAAGCUCUCAGAGCUGUUCUCCUUACUGGAACUCCUGCUCUAGGAAGACCUGAAGAGCUCUUCAUGCAGAUUGAGGCACUCUUUCCAAGAAGGUUUGGAACUUGGAAUGAAUAUGCUAAAAAAUACUGUGAUGCUCGUGUCAGGUUUUUUGGUAAAAGAAGGCAGUGGGAUUGUAGAGGAGCUUCAAACUUAGAGGAACUACAUCAACUUUUAAGUGAAAUAAUGAUCAGAAGACUGAAGAAUGAUGUCCUAACUCAGCUGCCUCCCAAAGUCAGGCAACGUAUUCCAUUUGACCUCCCACAAGCUGCAGCAAAGAAUCUGAAUGCCACUUUUGCAGAGUGGGAGAAAUUAAUGAGAAGUCUGAGAUCAGAUGCCACUGAAAGCCACUUUUCUGAAGUCAUGAGUCUGAUCACACGCAUGUAUAAGGAAACAGCCAUUGCCAAGGCAGGAGCAGUCAAGGACUACAUCAAAAUGAUGCUUGACAAUGACAAACUGAAGUUCCUCGUCUUUGCCCAUCACCUGAGCAUGCUGCAAGCCUGCACAGAGGCAGUGAUAGAGAGCAAGGCUCGCUACAUCCGCAUAGAUGGGAGUGUUCCCUCUGCAGAGAGGAUUCACCUCGUCAAUCAGUUCCAGAAGGACCCCGAGACCCGGGUUGCUAUUUUGAGUAUUCAGGCAGCUGGUCAGGGUUUAACAUUCACUGCUGCCACUCACGUUGUGUUUGCUGAAUUAUAUUGGGAUCCAGGCCACAUUAAACAAGCAGAGGACAGAGCACACCGCAUUGGGCAGUGCAGCUCAGUGAACAUUCACUUCCUGAUUGCCAAAGGAACCAUGGACACCCUCAUGUGGGCCAUGCUCAACCGCAAGGCCAAAGUCACAGGCAGCACCUUGAAUGGCAAGAAAGAAAAAAUGCAGGCUGAAGAAGGGGAUAAGGACAAAUGGGAUUUUUUGAGUUUUGCUGAGACCUGGACCCCAAAUGAAAGUCUAGAAGAUCCCCAAAAUGAGCUUUUAUUUACACAUUUUGAAAAGGACAGACAGCAUGACAUCCGUUCCUUCUUUUCCCCCAAAUCCUCCACGGAGAAGAAACGCAAAAGAUUUUCUGGUGAUGAAUUGUUAUACAAUGAUUCAGAAUCUUCUGCAGUCACAAAAGAAGAGGGUGCAGAGAAGAGCAAUGAAAACCUGGAUUCCACAAGGAUAAGUGAGGUGGAGGAAAUUUGUGAUGAAGAAACUUGUGAACAUGAAGCCAAAAGAGCAAAGAGCAUAAGUGGAUCGACCCCAGUCAGCUCCAGUAAUAAAAAGAAAACAUCUCUGACUGGAAAAAAGCCUUCUUUAUUUUCAGAAAAAAACAGUGAACUCCGUCCUUGUGACUUAAAUGCUUCAAGUGAAAGUACAGAUUUAAAUAAAGUUUGGCACUGCAGUGCUUGCACUUACACUAACAAUGCUCUGCUGCCUUACUGUGAGAUGUGCCAUUGCCCCCAGAGCAGGGAUGGUGAGAGAAAUGGUGAAGCUCCCAGGUGCCAGACUGAGGAAGAGGAGCUCAGGAGAGAUGGAGAGAGAGCAGAGGGCAGUGCUGAAGGUAGAAGAGGAAAUCUGGGGGAACUGGGGGCCCACAAAUCUCUUGAAAUCAGAGAACAGGAAACUGUUGGCACUGAAAAGGAAGAACGCAAAAAAGAACGUGGAGAAGAUAAAUCAGACACAUUCAAAAUAUAUGAUGGGCUUAUGUUCUGUGCAAGCAGGAAUACUGAUAGAAUCCACCUCUAUACAAAGGAUGGUGAACCACUGAAUCAUAAUUUCAUUCCACUGGACAUACAGCUGGAUAACUGGGAAGAUUUACCAGAGACUUUCCAGAACAAAAAAAAUCGUGCAUUGAUCCUGAGGUUUGUGAAAGAAUGGACUCAUCUAACAGCAAUGAAACAGAAGAUUGUCAGAAAAAGUGGUCAGAUAUUCUGUAGUCCCAUUCAUGCUGCAGAGGAGCUCUCUAAAAAGCAGUCCGGGGGCAGCAGCACAAAGAGGUAUGUGACCAGGGAGGAUGUGGCAGCAGCCUCGCUCUCCAAGGCCAGCAGCAGCGGGGGCAGCGUUCGCCUCAUCUCCAAAGAAAUGGGGGCUUCUGUGGACAAAGGUGCUUCUCCUAAACCAUCCACAAAAUUGCUUCCAGAAACUGGGAAUGAUCCCUCAGCCCUUCCUCCAGGGCAGACUGAUGCUGGAAGCGCCUCCCUGUGCAAAGGGUAUCUGCAGGCCCUGGACGAGCAGGGGACCCCACUGUGUCUGAGCUGCCAGCAGCCAACAGCUCAGCCCCCGCCCGGCUGCCCGGCCUGGGACACGCGGUUCUGCUGCCACGCCUGCCAGGAGGACUUCUCCAUCCGCUCCAGCCAGAGCUACCUGCGCUCCAAGGUGUUCCAGAUCGAGCACGGCGUGUGCCAGUGCUGCCAGCACAACGCCCAGGAGCUUUUCCUCAGCGUCAGGGAUGCCCCCAGGAGCCAGAGGAAGCAGCUUCUGGAGAGCUCUUGGAUGUCUCACCUUCCCCUUGGGCAGCUUAAUGAGAUGAUCAGGAGCCCGGCAGAGGGGCAGUUCUGGCAGGUGGAUCACAUCCAGCCCGUGUACAGCGGAGGAGGACAGUGCUCCCUGGAGAACCUUCAGACCCUGUGCACAGCCUGCCACAGGGAGAGAACUGCAAAACAGGCCAAGGAAAGAAGCCAGCUGAAGAGAAGGUCUUUAGCUACAAAGUAUGCCUGUGAUAUCACCAAAUUUUUGGUGAAGAAGUAAAAUGCACAGUACAUUCAGGUACAUUGCAACAAUGAAACCAAUAUAGUUAGUGUUUUCCUCUUGCACUGAUUUAACAGAAAUUGCUGAUAUCAUGCUGUUAGUAGAGAGAAGAAAAUAAGGAAUUAAACCAAAGAAAUUAUCUCUAACAUCCAUCUGAUCAUCAUGUUUUUUAAUGGCCCUGGUUUAAAGCUAAAUUUCUGUGUAGAACUUUAAUGCCAUUUUGAAGCAUUAUGGUUUCCUCUUGUAGGGUAGUUCAGGCUGCAAGAAUUUAAGGAAGUUCUUUUGAACCUGCUGGUGGUAUUACAGGGUUCAAUUGUAUUGGGAACUUCAUGGACCUAGAAGAUGUCUUAGUUUUAAUUCUUUUUGUUACUCACAUAGCAAAACCACAGAAUAAAAUACAGUGAUUAUGACAAAAACUACCACAAAUGAUUUGUUUCCUCUAGUGCUGCUCACCCACAGAAGGCUAACUCCUGGCAUGAGCCUGACUUACAGGAUUUUGGCAUUUUGAAUUGAUGUCAGUUGAAUUCUGGUUUUAUUUAAAACAGCUUGUAUUGAAAUGUUACUCAGGAUAGGAAACAUUAAAUAUUAGCAAUUAUCUCAUCAAAGGUCGUUUCUGGGAAAUGCUACAGUCAAAUUCUCCUUAAUGAGAUUGCAGAGAUCCUGGUAAUUUUGGACUGCUUACCUGGCUUGCUUUACAGUUACUUUAAAUAAAUAAAUACCGUUCUUUCUCCUGA